CCGCAACUUCCUCAUUUAUAAUAGACUUGAAGGUUUUAAUGAUAGAUUCUGAAAAGGAAAUAACAUCGACAGCAAUUUCCUUAUGCUGUUUGGAUAGGCAAAGCAUUGCACUUAAUAUUGCAGGAACACAUUUUGCCGACGAGGGAAAAAUUCGACAAAAAGAGGAAUCAUCCAAUGAAGGUAAUGUGCUUUCAAAGCUUUCGUUUCCUUCGAAAAAUAAGUACUUCUUCAAGUAAAGCCAUAGUUGAUUAAGAAGCACUCUGGCCUCCACUAAGUUCUUAGGUUCAGAGCUAACCGCACAUAUUGAUAAUACCGUAUCAUCGAUCCUUUCUAGGUUGAAAACGGAGUCGUUUCUUUUAAUGAGCUCAGAGUUUCGAUUACAAAUUUGCUCGAAAAAUGACCAUCCGUAUGUCGGAAGUGAACCUAGUCUACGAAGAGAUUCUCUGCGAAUGUUUCUAUCAAUGCUAUUUCCGAGUUAGAAGACAAGACAGGUGUGUUAACUUACCAUUCCAUUGCAAACAAAGCAGAACGAACGGCUUCCUAACUGAUUUUUUAUCCUUUUAUACUUUUAUCUUUAAGAAAUAAAUAAUUCUAUCGAAAAAGUUGGCAAUAUAAUAGGCAAUUGCCCACAAAGAUUCCAAAAAAGAUGAAAAGGAGUCCUUGUUUUCACAGGUUCAAUAUUUUCGCUUCUUUUUUUUUAGUACUUACUUGAAUGAAAGAUAGAAAUAAAAAAAAGCUAAAAUUAACCUUUAAAAGAACGUUUGCUGUGAUAUUACAAAUUUGGUUCAGACCUGAGAGUCACGCUGAGUGACCCGAAAUACCCAUCACUGCGAUUCUUCUUUAGGGUUUAAUCGAGAUUGCUUUUAUAGCAAUGUCGGAAGUAAACAAUGAUAAAAAUUCUCUAAAACGCUCUUUCAAUGAUGAAGAAGCAUAUUCUACGAGGAAAAAAGAGAAAGUUGACGAUGCUCCAGGAUCUACUUCUAACGAUGAUCAAGCUACUAACAAUGCUUUUGCCAAGAAACACUCUCCAAUUUCAAGUGAUCUUUAUUUAGAUACAAUCAAUCGUAAAUUGCUGGACUUUGAUUUUGAGAAAGUCUGCUCUGUAAGCCUUACAAAUCUCAGUGUUUACGCUUGCUUAGUUUGUGGAAGAUAUUUCCAAGGACGAGGUCCGUCUUCUCAUGCAUACUUUCAUGCUUUGAAUGAUAAUCAUCAUGUGUUUGUGAAUUGCUCAACUUUAAAGUUCUAUAUCCUACCUGAGUCGUAUCAGGUUGUUUCUAGUGCUUUACAGGAUAUUGCUUAUGUUAUUAAACCUACGUAUACCCGCGAAGAAGUUGCUAAACUCGACCGUUUUCCUCAGGUCAGUUACGAUCUAAUGCACAAACCUUAUGUUCCAGGUUUCGUCGGACUCAACAACAUACAAAGCAAUGACUAUUUCAACGUCAUUCUUCAGUUACUUUCUCACGUAAAGCCUUUGCGAAACUAUUUGCUACUUAAUACUUUUGAUGGUUGUCCUGAGAUUAUUCAACGACUAGCAAUUACUGUUCGUAAAAUUUGGAACCCCAAAGCAUUUAAAGGGCAUGUUUCUCCACAAGAGUUGAUUCAUGAAGUAACCCUAUUAUCCCACAAAAAAUAUUCAAUCAAUGAACAAAAAGAUCCUUUAGAGUUUUUAUCUUGGCUCAUGAACACUUUACACGUUUCUUUAGGUGGGAAGAAAUCAACUAUGGAUAAGCCAACUUCUAUCAUUCACUACAACUUCCAAGGCCAUGUACGUGUUGAGUCUCAAAAAAUUCGUCAGCAUACGGAAAACGGCGACCAUGUAAUUUUUGAAGGAGAUCGAGUUAUUAAAACGGACAUUGUUCCAUUUUUAUACCUAACACUAAAUCUUCCUCCAAGGCCUUUAUUUCAAGAUGAGUUCGAAGGAAAUAUUAUACCCCAAGUUGAGCUGAUAAAACUACUUGAAAAGUAUAAUGGAGUGGCAACCCAAGAAUUAAGUGGUAUGCGCCGGCGAUUUCAUUUAUUGAAUUCGCCGCCAUAUCUUCUAUUUCAUAUGAAGCGUUUUAUGAAGAACAAUUAUUUUACUGAACGAAAUCCUACUAUUGUCACGUUUCCUCUUGAUAACUUGGAUAUGAGUCCGUUUAUUGAUGAUGGGUUUUUGAAAACACACCCUAAGAUCAUACCCAAAUACAAUCUAAUUGCCAAUGUUAUUUAUGAGUCAGUUUUAUCCGCUGAUGGAGAGACACACGUUUUCAGAGUACAGCUACGAAACUCGGCAUCAAACAAAUGGUAUCAAAUUCAGGAUUUGUACGUCGAAGAAAUUAGCAGCGAUAUGAUUAAUUUGGGAGAAAGUCUUAUUCAAUUAUGGGAGCGAGUACAUUAAUUAUAUUGAUUGGAUUUGGUCUUUCAGAGUCACCAAAACGAAUUUGGGUUUAUCAGGAGGAAGAAAAAAGAAAACAAAGAUUUGAACGCCAAUUAAAAAAAUAGAAUAUUUCUUGCUUUUAAUGAAAUUUUGUAGAUUUUUUUUUUACAGUCCGUA